GCAGGUGAAUCAUUUAGUUUUUAGUUUAUUUCCGUCCCACCUGUUCAACAGUUAAUAUACUGAAAGACACUGCGAAGAAAUGUUCUGCUGUACAUGACACGGUUCGCGUUCAACUCUAAAAUAUCAACAACAAUAGGUCACAGAGGGAACAAAAAGACGGAACACGCCGCCGGAGCCUGGGUUUAGCAGGUCAGUUGCUGUGAGAGCAGGAACCUCAGAACUGGAGCCAUGUUGUCGGCGGAGGAGAUUCUGUGCAACACUCGGCAGGUGAUCGCCGGGCUGGAGGUGCUCAGAGGAGAGAACCGCAGUCUGCUGGAGAACCUGCAGGAGGUGGCAGAGAGCGGCAGCGUGGAGCAGGAGAAGAGCGGCAUCGUCCGCCAAUCACUGGAGAGGAUCGAGCUGGGGCUGAGCGAGGCACAGGUGAUGAUGGCGCUGUCGGCUCAUCUGGGUUCACUGGAGGCGGAGAAACAGAAGCUGCGUGCUCAGGUGCGUCGUCUCUGUCAGGAGAACCAAUGGUUAAGGGACGAGCUGGCAGGAGCUCAGCAGCGGCUGCAGGACAGGGAGCAGGAGGUGGUCACCCUCGAGGAGCAGAACCGACACCUGCAGUUCAUGUCCUCCAUACGCAAAUACGACCUGGAGGAGCCGCAGCUGGAGGACAAAGUCACGUCUUCCAACAAAGAGUCUCUGGAUGACCUCUUUCCCACCGAGGACGAGCAACAGUCGCAGACGUCUCAGCCUCGCAGCAGCGCAGCCGCCGCGGCCCAGCAGGGCGGCUACGAGAUUCCCGCCCGCCUUCGAACGCUCCACAACCUGGUGAUCCAGUACGCAUCGCAGGGUCGAUACGAGGUCGCUGUGCCACUCUGCAAGCAGGCUUUGGAAGACCUGGAGAAGUCCUCAGGCCACACCCACCCAGACGUAGCCACCAUGCUGAACAUACUGGCGCUGGUAUACAGAGACCAGAACAAAUACAAAGAGGCAGCCAACCUGCUGAAUGACGCGUUGGCCAUCAGAGAGAAAACUCUCGGGAUCGACCAUCCGGCCGUGGCAGCAACGCUCAACAACCUGGCAGUGCUUUAUGGGAAAAGAGGGAAAUACAAGGAAGCGGAGCCGCUGUGUAAAAGAGCUCUGGAGAUCCGAGAGAAAGUUCUGGGUACAGAACACCCCGAUGUGGCCAAGCAGCUGAACAACCUGGCCCUGCUGUGUCAGAACCAGGGGAAGUACCAGGAGGUGGAGCAGUACUACGAACGCGCUCUGCACAUCUACCAGAGCAAGCUGGACCCGGACGACGCCAACGUGGCCAAGACCAAGAACAACUUGGCCUCAUGCUACCUGAAGCAGGGGAAAUACAUACAAGCUGAAGCCCUGUACAAAGAGAUUCUGACCAGAGCUCAUGAAAAGGAGUUUGGAUCUGUAGAAGGCGACGGUCAUCCCAGCUGGUCCGGUGCGGGGGACGGGGGCUCCGGACCGGAUGGACUCAGCAGCCUGACGCGCAGCGGCUCUUUCACCAAACUCAGAGAGUCCAUUCGCAGAAGCAGCGAGAAACUUGUCCGCAAGCUGAAGGGAGUCGCAACGGAGGAAACUACCCCGAGGAAUGCUGGAAUGAAGAGGGCGAACUCUCUGAAUAUGUUGAACGUUGGAGCCAGAGAGCGUCAGGACGGCGCCCAGUCGAGCCGCCUGGCGGAUGUUCGAGGCCUGAGCUCCAGCACACAGAGUCUGACCAGAAGAGGUUCACUCGGUGAUUGCAGCUAACGCACACACACAUGCACACACACACACACACACACAGCUGUAUUCCUCAGUGGAUGCCCCACGUUGAUUCCCCUCAUGAUCUGAGGUGAUUGUCACAAGUGGAGACGUUAUCAAAACUCUUAAUUUAUUGACCGUCGCUCAUUUGCAUAAGUCAUAACCACUUCAUGUGUCCGUGGCCGUUGAGGACGUGUCGACCAGUGAGGUGACUUCCUGACUCCACUUGGACGGUUCCUUAUUGCACUAUGACCUUUCCUUCCUGUUCACUUGACGUGUAAUAUCAUUCCUUCCUGGACUUGGGUUAGACAUGUGAGAUGUAAAUGUUACAUUUGGUUUAAGAUGAAGACGUUAAACUGAUGAUGUGUUUUUCCUUCAGUGUGCGGGUCACUCUGGUUCUGACGCGUCAGAGCGAUUCAUAAAACAAGAGUUUGAGCCGUACAGUUGUUCCACAUUAGGGAACAACGUUAAAAAAAGAUUACAAUAUACUUUUUUAAACACCUGACUUGAUGGUACUAUUUCUAAAAGAUGGAUAUUAAUAUAUUUUAUUUAUAGACAUUUACCACAAGUUAAUAUAUAUUAUGAUCAAUCAAACUAGGGCAGCUCCCUCUUCAUCAAAUAACCUUUCUUAAUUCUUAAGAGGUUCUUUAUGGUGUUCUCAUGCAGAAGAACUUAUUUAUAAAUAAUGUAUGAGCCAUCUGAUGAACAAAGUGUAAAGUGAUUCUUUGUGGAGAAACUGUUAAAUGUGCAGGUCGGGGUCAGCCCUAAAUCACUUCAAUAUUAAGACAUUUCAAUAUUUAAAAUUGUGCAUUUGUUGCAUUGUGAGUUAAUAGACGAUUCAGAAAAUAGUUCUCAGCUCUCAAGUUAUUGUGUGCAAACGUUUCAUCAAACGAGCCGGAAGACAUUCAAAGUCGGUGGUGACCCUGUUGAAGGUCAAAGUGUUGCAACCAAAGUGGUGAAGCCAUUUUAAAUGGAGGUAGCCAACAUAACUAUUUCACUGACAUGCACAACUCACUAUUAACUGAGGUAGAAGGUGUCUGUCAUUCAUGUAAGAGCUGGAACACACUCAGUUUACUGUAGGAGCCACAGUGGCUUCACCACACACCUGUAAGAACGUUAUAUAUCAAUCUCCUGAAGCUGGUUAUUCUGGUAAAUAUCAAUGUUGCUAUAAUGUAUAAUUGAAAAACCUGAAUUGAAAUAAAUAACAAAAAGUU